GGCGUCUGUAGAAGACAAGGUGAGGGUGUUUCCCAGACAACUGCGUGCUACUGUCUACCCGGCUACCGACGGAUCGAUUCCGGCGAGUGCAUACCUUCAGAGCACUCAGUGGAGGUCGGACCCGCACCCAGCUACAUCCAACUGACCGCGAAGGCAGCCCUACCCAGCGCCCCAUCCACUGAAGUCACUUUCGACUUCCGAACUCGCAGUCCCAACGGCGUUCUGCUCUACCUCUCCGGACCUCCACCCAAUUACUACCAGUAA